AUGGUGGCAUAUGCGACUUGCAUCUUUUUGAGGGCGGAAAGGAAUGGAAAAGUUACUUGCCAACUUAUUCAAGCAAGAUCUAGAGUUGCCCCAUUGAAAAAAGUGUCGAUACCAAGAUUAGAAUUACUUGCAUGUAACAUUGGAGCUAGAUUGGCUGAUACAGUAAAAAAGGAUUUAAGAUUGGAAGAUAUUGAAACAUUUUUUUGGAGCGACUCCAUGGACGCUCUUUAUUGGAUAAGGAAAGAAGGCCCUUGGACGAUUUUCGUAUCCAAUCGAGUUGACGAAAUUAGAAGACUUUCAAAAGCUAGUGACUGGAAGUUUGUUCCGGGAACCCAAAAUCCAGCGGAUUUGCCUUCAAGAGGUUGCACAGUUAAAACCCUAUUGAAGAGACAAUGGCACGAAGGAACAUCUUGGCUUAAAGAAUCAAGAGAAAACUGGCCUAAUUUUGAUCUAGUUCCUGAUGAAAAAAUAGUGUAUGCCGAGAAGAAGAAAAUCAUUGUAUCAUCUUUAAAUAUGAAAGAUGACGAAUUUUACAACAACAUAUCAUCCUACAAGAAAAUAAUCAGAAUUACAGGCUGGAUAUAUAGAUUUUUUGAAAAUUCCAGAGCAAGCAGUAAGAAAACAGGAAAAUUAUCUGUAGAAGAGCUUAUUAAAGCUGAACUCAAAAUCUUGAAAAGGGUUCAAGAAGACUCAUUCCAAGGCGAAAAAUUGAAGAGUCUGAAACUCCUGUCGAUAUUUACAGACGCUAAUGGACUUGUGAGAAUUAAAACAAAAAUCAUUAUGCGAGAAGACAAUGAAAACUUUAAAGUUCCAAUUAUUUUACCAUCUGAUCAUCAUGUUGUUAAGAGCCUUAUUUUACACAAACACCAAGAACUUGGACAUCCUGGAGUACAAUCUUUAAUGGUAGCUCUGAGAGAAGAUUAUUGGAUAUUAAAAGCUAGAAGAACUGUAAAAAAGGUACUGAAAACCUGCAUAACUUGUCAACGAUUUAAUGUGAAAAGACCUGAAAUACCAGAAGGAAUACUCCCGGAGGACAGAGUAAAAAACGCCUCAAUUUUUGAAGUUAUAGGAGUGGAUGUUGCUGGACCGUUGCUUACGAAGGACAACAAGAAAGUGUGGAUCGCAAUUUUCACCUGUGCGAUUUAUAGGGCAGUACACUUAGAACUAUUGACAUCACUUUCAACAGAUAAUUUCAUACUUGCCUUAAGAAGAUUUAUCGCACGCAGAGGACGUCCGUCAAUUAUCUACUCCGACAAUGGGACUAAUUUUAUUGGAACUAACAACUCUCUGAAGAAUAUCAACCUAGAAAGACUAAAGACAACCUUUUCUCCAAUUUUAUGGAGAUUCCUACCUCCGACUGCUCCAUGGUGGGGAGGAUUUUUUGAGAGGUUAAUAGGACUUUUGAAAAGAAUUUUGAGGAAGGUCCUAGGUCAUACAUCCUUAAAUUACCAGGAAAUUGAAACUGUUUUGUGUGAUUGUGAAAGCCAACUCAAUUCAAGACCUUUAACAUAUGUUAGCGAUGAUCCCGAUGAUUUAUGUCCUUUAACACCUGAUUUAUUCCUGAAAGACACUCGUACUAGUAGUACUACGGACUUGGAUAGAUUAAAGCUAACUGACAAGACGGAAUUAAACAAAAGACUUGCGUAUAGAAGAAGACUGAUGACAGAUUUACGAGCAAGAUUCCGUAGUGAAUAUCUGAGUCAGCUACAUCAUAGACUGACAGUUCGAAAACCAACAUACCAUCCUAAAGUUGGAGAUAUCAUCUUGAUUUGGAAUGAUAAUCUCAAAAGAAUACAUUGGCCCUUGGGAAGAAUACUCUCAGUUUACACAAGUAAAGAUGGACUGAUCAGAAGAGCCAAAGUUAAGACCAAAUCCGGAAUUCUGAUCAGACCAAUUCAAAAUCUCUGCCCAUUAGAACUGGACGAGGAGAAUCUCAACAGCGAAGAUCAGCUGCCAGAGACUUUCAAAUUUGAGCCAGAAAGAACAUCAUCGGACAUUCCUGAUUCAGUUCCUACUACUACCAGAGUUGGACGUGUUGUUCGCCCACCAUCCAGAUUUGGACAAUGA